AGGCAUGGGCAGCCCAGGGGCAGCCGCCCGAGAGUCGCAGCGCGGCCGCCCCCCUGGGGGCACAUGGCGCCUGCCGCUCCGGAGGGGCUCCUGGCCGUGGAGGAGCGCGAGGGCCGCGGCCGCGGCCUCGUGGCGCGGCGGGCCAUCGCGGCGGGGGCCAGGGUGCUGGCGGAGGAGCCUUGGGCGUGCUGCCUCGCGGACGCCGAGCGCGGCCGCCGCUGCGACUGGAGCCUGGCCGCGCCGACGGGCGGCAAGAAGCAGCUGCGGUGUGCGGCCACGGGCCUCGCCUUCGCCUCGCAGCGGGAGCAGAGGGCGGCGUGGGCCGAGUACUACGCGGGCGAGCACCGCGCGGCCUCGGCGGCCUCGAGCCGCGGGCUGCCUCCGCGGGCGCUCCCGCCAGUGGUGAGGCUGGCGCUGCGCGUGCUGCGGCGGUGGCUCGGGGAGCAGGAGGGGGCGCAGCCGCCCUGGGCCCGCCUGGAGAGCCACUGGCACCACCUGCAGCCCGCGCAGCGCGCCACGCUGGAGGAGCGGGCGGGGCUGUGCGCCGAGGAGCUGCGGCGGGGCGCGGGCGCCGCGCAGAAGGCGGCCUGUGAGGGCCUCGGCGUCGCCGCGAUCGCGGAGCUGCUCGCCGCACUCAGCGUGAACGCGGUGGUCGUGGCCGACGAGGAGCAGCGCAGCCUUGGCCUCGGGCUCUACCUGCGCGCCGCCCUUCUCAACCACAGCGAGGAGCCCAGCUGUGCGCAGAGCUUCGUCGGCAGGAUGCUCGAGGUGUUGACCACAAGAGGUGCGCGCGCUGCGGCCCAUCGCCGCCGGCGAGGAGGUGACGAUCACGUACGCGGAGUUGGCCGAGGUCGAGGAUGGGCGAAGAGCAGACAGACUCAGCCCAGGCGGAGACCGAGCACGCCGUAUGGACUCACUUCCGUAUGGGCUUAUAGCACCGUGCAGGGAGAGGCCGAGUGCAGACGGGGUCAGCCCAGGCGGAGAGCGAGCACAACGUGUGGACUCACCCCGUAUGGACUUGGUAUCCUGCCAGGAGAGACUGCAUCAUGUCCAUACGGGGUCAGCACAGACGGAGACCGAGCACAACGUGUGGACUCACUCCGUGUGGGCCCCUGAGAGGUCAGCAGCCUGCGGCGCGCGCGGCUGCGCGCGCAGUACUUUUUCGACCCCCUGCCGGGCGGGCGCGUGCCCUCCGAGCGGACGAAGGGCGGUAUGACAUAACAUUAUGUGGCGGCAAGGCCUACCUGCUUCUAGAAGACCAAUGCCAGGUGUC